AUGGCAGACCAAGAGAUCAAUAGUGCAAUAAGUAGUGAUGAUCAUCGAGAUCAAGCUGUGGUGGAAAGAGGCCAGCCACCAUUUCAUGGGGGUAAUGGUACUACUCCUACUAUUGGUAAUGUUAUUAAUAAUGACGUGCAUGAUGCCGGGAUGAAGAUGGAGAGGGCCAGAAGUGCGUAUGAGGCAUACGCGGGGCAUGAAGAGAAGCCAGGGAAGUUGGAGGUGUUUGGGUGGUGUUUCUAUGGCCUUUGCUCCUACUUCAUUCAUACUGUUCUCAUUCCUAUUGUUUUCCCACUCAUUAUUAGCGGCAUCGCUUCCCCCAUGCCGCAAAAUAUUAAUGAUAAGGCUAAUUUGCAAGUUUUAAAUGACAAAGGGAGCAUUUGUACUUACAAGGAAAUGCUACUGUACACCAGACUCACAAACAAAACCAUAACAGUACAAAGCUCCAAGUACUCCCCACUAGAAUGGACAUCAAUCUCUUGGGCCAUCGGCCUAGUUCUGGCAGCACCAAUACUCGGAAUCCUCUCCACUCCACUCGACCGCGGGCCACGCCAAUACAUCAUAGCAACGGCUGCCACAGUCGUCGGCGCCAUCUUUUGUCUCCCCGCCGGUUUCUUUCGUACAGUUUGGAUCUUCCCUCCUUACAUAGCAGCCAUCGUUGCAGCCAGCACCAUCCCCGCAGCUUACCACACCCGUCACCUUGGCAUCAUGGUCCGUGGUUUCACAGGUACAAACCUUCGCAGACCCCAGUUCCCUCUUCGCCGCGCGGCUGCAGGGUGGCUCUCCCUCGCUUCCACCGCAGCUGGAUCACUAGGCGCUGCUGCCAUAUCCUCCUUCACUUUCCACAUGCUACGAGAGAACGAAGAGUUCAUGAGCCUUUCGAUCGUCUCCAUCUUCAGUGGCCUCAAAUGGCUACUCGGAAUGUUCCACUUCGUAACCUCAAACAGAGACACCCACGCCAUAACUCCCAAAUCUUACGCUCGCCACACCUUUUCCAUUCUAAAAUUCCCUCACGCUAUAGGAUCCCUCGCAGCUGUUUUCCUCUCCUCAGCCUCAACCAUGACCAUCUUCACUGGAGUCGUGCUUUUCCUCGUGGGAGAUCUCUGUCUCCCGCCGAAAUCUUUGCUCUAUUUCUGGCUAGCCUACUUCCUCUUCCCCUUAAUCUCACUCCCGAUUCUCCACCCGAUUCAACAUUUGGUCAAAGCAAACGCGGUCAAAAUGCAAGUCCUCGGAUUCUUCUUGACAGCGGCUAUGUCAGGAUUGGGAUUUGCAUUCCGAAGAAAGCACUGGAAGACGCAUCACGCUCUAGUUUUUGCAGCGAUUCAGGGGACCUCAACUGGGAUUUUGCACGCUUUCUCUAGAGUCCUGAUAAUGGACUGUUCGCCUCCUGGGAAAGAAGGAGUUUUCUCUACUUGGUUCGUGUGGGUCAAAGUUUUGGGUUCCUUGGCAGGUUUUACGGCGGCGUCCACCAAUCCUGGAAACGUUGGCAUUUCGUUUGGGCUCGGGUUCUGGACAGCAAUAUUCGCAGUUAUCGUUUUGAUAUUUGGAAACGUUAGCGAUUUAGGAGGGGCUCGUAGGGCAGGGCAUGUGAAAGAGAAUCCUGUCGUCGUUUAUGGUGGUGUUGAGGGAGGCUCCCCUGUGAGUGGCGUUGACGAGGAUGUUGAAGUAAGUCAACAACAUUCAGUGCAUGUUAUGACGUAAGAAAAUAUAAGAUGAACAUAAAAUGAGUUUUUCCUUUCUUUUUUCUUUUAAUUGAAAUAAUUGUUCGUGUUUUUCUUUUUAUAUUUUUCUUAUUCUUUGAAGAUAAUCAAUUUCAUCAAAAUUAUGUACCAAUGGGGAGCGUGUAUAAUUGGACA